GGAGAACAGAAACAUGCCUGCAGGCAGCCACACACACAACCCAGAGCCGCCACAAUAUAUUUUAAAAGCAAACCAGCGCUGGAUGUUAAUUUACACAGAUUUCUCUCCUGAAAUCUGUUUAUUUGGGUAUAGUGGACAGUAGGAGGCGCGCACUGCAUGUAAACAGCACGUGCGAGCUCAACGAGUAAGAGACUUUGGAUAUUAACCCUUCAGUCCUGAAGCUCUGCUGUCCCGUCCAGCCUGAUCUCAGCCCAGUCCAGCAUGAUCUUCUCCCAGCAGCAGAUCAGCAGCAGCUCUGCAGCCCACAGACCAGCCUGAGACCUUCUGACCCACAGCAGCCCAGCAUGAAGAAAAUCAUCAUUGGAAUUGGGGGUAUGACGAAUGGGGGUAAAAGCACAUUGAGCAGAAGCCUUCAGGGACUUCUCCCCAACAGCUGCAUCAUCUCCCAAGACUCCUUCUUCAAAGAUGACUCGGUGGUGCCUGUUGACGGCCUUGGUUUUAAGCAGUAUGACAUGUUGGAUGCCCUGCACAUGGACAAGAUGAUGGUUGAGAUCAGGUCUUGGAUGCAGGACCCUCAGAGGUUCAUGCAGUCACAGGGUCUUUCAGUUAUGCGCUCCAUGUCCAAGGAGGGGAAUAGUGUGUUUUCUCUCAUAGUGGAGGGAUUUCUCAUCUUCAAUUACGGACCCCUGAACACACUGUUCGACAAGAGAUACUUCUUGGAGAUUCCGUACGAGAUGUGUAAGCUGAGGAGAAGCUCGAGGGUCUAUGUUCCUCCGGACCCUGUGGGUUACUUUGACGGUCAUGUCUGGCCCAUGUAUCUGAAAAACAGAAGGGAAAUGGAGGACACGGUGCAUGACCUGGUUUUUCUAGAUGGCACUCAGAAGAGAGAAGAUAUGUUGGCCACUGUGUACAAAGACAUCCAGCAGAUGUUUACAGCUGUAUAGUUUAACUGUGUAGAAAGUCUCAGGUGAGUUGUUCACCUAGGUUUAUGAGGUUUAAUUAAUAAACUUAAUCAAGCUGCCUUCA